AGCAGCACGCCCGCAGCGAGUUGAAACUCAAGCAACCAGCGAACGUUGCAAGUUCCAGGCUUCCCAGCCCCUCUGGUCAGUUCAGCCGCGUCAAUCGUUGUGUUUGCGGCAACUUCAGCCAUGGCGAUUCAGAGGGAGUCCUCCAGCGUGCACGCUCUGAUCAUCAUUGCAGCGCUCUCGGACAUCAGCGUGCAGUCCAAGCUGAUCGCAGAAGCGGUAGCUCAGAAUUGGUACUUGCUGGGGCCAGUCGACCAGAGGUGCAAAUCAUUGGACGUCGCCGCAUGGGCUUCGAUGCCAGCCCCUAGGAGUGCCCACGCCAGGUCAAGGGAUCCAUUCAGCUUUGGCAUGUCUAGUGGGGCCCUGAGUACGCGCCCAGGCAGGCUUUUCAGGAGCCGAGUCGCUACGCGCGCAACUUCGUUCAACGCGUGGGCGCCCCGUGCACUUCGCACCAUCGGCAAUCACCAUGAACUCGGCCACCCGAGCCUGCGGAGUUCAUCCAACAGGGGAUCAGAUCAGGGCCAUGCGUCUGCAGGAGAGCACUUUCUGGCACGUUCACUUCACAGCCUUCCCCAGGGCGGCCACGACCAUGACGCCCAGAUCGGCAGUGACAUCGGUGGCUUGGCGUGGGUUUAGCAUGUGGACAUCUGCGCCUUUACGGGCUGAGGGCAGUUUUGUCUGCCGGCAGCUUUUUUAUGAACACUGGGUAACCAACCCUGGCCCCCACAGUUGUGAAUGUUUCAAGUCACCUUGUUGCAUGUGUGGCGAAUGUGCGUGCAGUCGGUUCCCUGAAGUCAACGCCCCCACUGUGCGUGCGGGCGCCCUUGUAGGCGAGGCCAGUGCAGGGCUGCCGUCGGGGGGGCCCGCGCGCGCGGCGGCGUCCUCGGCCCCCCCUCGGCGCGGCCGCGCCCCGCGCCGGGAUUUUUCCAGAGGCCGCCGCGAGGGCGCCCGGGAGGAGG